AUGGUUUUAAGUGGUGAUCUUCGUUUUAAUCCUUUAACUGAUUCUUUAACAGCUGCUGAUGGUAGUAAAUUUAAAUUAGAAGCACCUACAGGUGAUAAUUUACCAUCAAAAGGUUUUGAUCCUGGUGUUGAUACUUAUCAAGAACCACCAAAAGAUAAUGAGUCACUUAAAGUUGAUGUUGAUCCAAAAAGUAAUCGACUUCAAUUACUUGAACCAUUUGAACCAUGGGAUGGAAAAGAUUUUAUUGAUUUCCCAAUAUUAAUUAAGAUAAAAGGAAAAUGUACAACAGAUCAUAUUAGUGCUGCUGGUCCAUGUGCUAUAAAUGAAGAAAAUAAUGAAGCAAAUAAGAUAAAAAAUCGUUUAACAAAUGAAUGGGGUAAAGUACCAGAUACAGCUCGUUAUUAUAAGAGUAAAAAUAUUCCAUGGAUUGUUAUUGGUGAUGAAAAUUAUGGUGAAGGUAGUAGUCGUGAACAUGCAGCACUUGAACCAAGAUUUCUUGGUGGUCGAGCAAUUAUUGUUAAAAGUUUUGCUCGUAUUCAUGAAACAAAUUUAAAAAAACAAGGUUUACUUGCUUUAACUUUUGAUAAUCCAGAUGAUUAUGAUAAAAUCAAGCCAGAUGAUAAAAUUUCUUUAAUUGGUCUCAAUAAAUUAGCACCUAAUGAACCAGUUGAAUGUCGUAUUAAACAUUCUAAUGGUAAAACUGAAACAAUUAAACUUAAUCAUACACUCAAUGAAUCACAAAUUGAAUGGUUUAAAGCUGGCUCAGCACUUAAUGCUAUGCGUACAUUUUUUGCUUCAAAGAAAGGACAAAAAAUGAUAGAUAAAGCAACAGGUUAA